UUUGGGGCUUUUCCAGAAAAAGAAGCUGAUUCAGAGCCGGACUCUGAGCAGGAGGACCGCGGCCAGUGAAGCAGCUCUGCCGGGGCUACUUAUUUUCUUUGGUAUUUUCUCUGACACUUCGUCAACUAAUCCGAAAAUGCUGGGCGUUGGGUUUCUGUUAGUAAUGCUGUCCUUAGUGAUACCAUCUGUUCCGUACCCCUUCCUCGGUGCACGUUGCCCUGCUCGCUGCGACCAAUCCUUGUGUGCACCAGCGCCUGCUGGCUGCGCGUCUGGAGAGACUGCUUUGCACUGUGGCUGCUGUCCUGUGUGCGCAGCAGCAGAGGGCGAACGCUGCGGAGAGGGCGCUGGGGAUCCACUGUGCGCUACGGGGCUACGUUGUGCUAGAAGUGCAGGUACCGGUGGUCAACGGACAUGUCAAUGCCCAACUUCUCAACCAGUGUGUGGAAGUGACGGUAAAACCUACAGCAACGUGUGCAAGCUACAGACAGAAAGUCGAUUGGUUCAGGCCAAGGGGUCAGCAUCUAUUAUUCCUAUCCAGAGAGGGGACUGUCUGCAAGGACAGAAAGAUCCAGACAGCCCGCGGUACAAAUACAACUUCAUUGCUGAUGUCGUGGAGAAGAUCGCACCAGCUGUUGUGCACAUCGAACUUUUUCGCAUGCUUCCUAUCUUCAAGCGUGAAUUCCCGGCUGCAAGUGGAUCUGGUUUCAUUGUAUCGGAAGAUGGCUUAAUCCUUACUAACGCCCACGUGGUUACAAACAAACAUCGACUGAAGGUGGAGCGAAGCGAUGGGUCAACUUACGACGCCAAAAUUAUUGAUGUGGAUGAAAAGGCAGAUAUUGCCCUCAUCAAAAUCAAUCCAAAGGGAAAGUUACCUGUGCUGCUUUUGGGUCGCUCUGAGGAACUGCGUGCUGGAGAAUUUGUGGUUGCCAUCGGGAGUCCCUUUUCCCUUCAGAACACUGUUACCACUGGUAUUGUGAGUACGGCUCAACGUGGCGGGAAAGAGCUUGGCCUGCGGAACUCGGACAUGGAUUACAUCCAGACUGAUGCCAUCAUUAAUUAUGGGAAUUCUGGAGGUCCUCUCGUGAAUCUGGAUGGGGAAGUCAUCGGUAUUAAUACACUGAAGGUCACCGCUGGGAUCUCAUUUGCUAUCCCAUCAGAUAAAAUCCGGAAGUUUCUGGCAGAGUCACAUAACCGACAAUCAACAGGUCAAGGUAUAAAGAAGAAAAAAUAUUUGGGGAUACGGAUGAUGUCAUUGAACCCAGCCAAAGUGAAAGAGCUCAGGGAGCAGCUGAAGGAUUUUCCGGAUGUGACCUCAGGAGCUUACAUUGUAGAAGUUCUCCCAGAUACCCCAGCAGAAGAAGCUGGGUUAAAGGAGAGUGAUGUUAUUAUCAGUAUUGGUGGCAAGACCGUCACCUCCAGUAAUGAUGUCAGUGAUGCUGUCAGACAAGAUAGCAUCCUUCGUAUAGUGGUACGUCGUGGCAACGAAGACAUAGCAAUCACCGUGACACCAACAGAAAUAGAUUUAUAAGGAGACAUGAGCUGGUUUCGUAGUCCUCCACUCGUUUGGUCCCUACCCCUUUAAUGACAAGCCUAGUGGGAGAAUGAGAUCACUAAACAAUGAUAGGGCUAUCUGGGUUAUUUACUAAAUCAUGGAUUUCACAUUUAAGGCCAUAUUAGAAAAAUCUCUCCAGUUAAGGUACUUUUGGUUAUACUUUGCAGUUCCUGAUAUAGUGAAUUCAUUAAUUAAUAGUUUAUUAGCCAGUUUUACCAAGGUCCUUCACUUUACCUGACUGAAUGCUCUCCCUAGGCUGCUUUGUAAAGAGUUGUGAUCACCCUUAGAUAAUAAAACAUCACUGUGUGGGGUUUCAUUGGUGUGAAAACUUUGCUUAAAUAAAUCAAUUUUUUUU